AUGCGACAAACAAAUAUUAUAGAUCAAAAACCUCAAAUCCUCACCUUCCUCUCCUCCAUAAACCGAACCCUAGCUCAUCACCCUAACCUCAUCAUUUCUUCAACCAAAUUCAAUAACCAUGGAGGCAAAUUGAUCCUACGACAAAAAGGGAAACAAGGUUAUGAAUCAUUGAUUUGGAGAUUGAAUUAUGAAGUUUUGAUGGUGAUUCUUGGAAGGGAGUGGUUCGGCCAUAAGCAAACUCAUCAUAUUCAAGGUGAUAGUACUUUGAAGAGAUGGACUUCCAUUUUUGUUCCGGAAGUCUGCAACAUAUAAAGUAUGUAUUGAAGUACGCUUCAAUUCGUAGCGCUGCAGUAGUCAGUAGAUGUCAGUCUAUAUUUGUUGUUUGUACCGAACGAGAUUCAGCUGUUAACUCUGAUUUUAUAAAAUAUAUAUACACGAUUUAUAAAACUAUGUUUUUACC